GCGGAGCUAACGUUCGCUCUUCAGGUCUUGGGGGCGGGCGGUCGCGGCCGUCCAGUCCCGGACAGACGCGCACCGGGCGGGAGGCUGUGAGGGGAGGGCGCUCGGGCCCCGCCGGCCGAGUGCUGACCGGCGGCGCUAGGACCCUGUGGGGGGAGUGGCGGGGGCGGAGGAGGCGGCACCAGGACCCGGGGGAACCGCGGCGGGCGGGCGACGAGCAGGCCCGGGGGCCGGGAGGCUGCGGGCGGCGGCGCUGGGCCCGGCGCGGCGAGAGAGGCCCCGAGAUGCCGAGCAAGAAGAAGAAGUACAACGCGCGGUUCCCGCCGGCACGCAUCAAGAAGAUAAUGCAGACGGAUGAAGAGAUUGGGAAGGUGGCGGCAGCUGUGCCUGUCAUCAUCUCUCGGGCGCUCGAGCUUUUCCUGGAGUCACUGCUGAAGAAGGCCUGCCAAGUGACCCAGUCUAGAAAUGCCAAGACCAUGACCACAUCCCACCUGAAGCAGUGCAUUGAGCUGGAGCAGCAGUUUGACUUCUUAAAGGAUCUGGUGGCCUCUGUGCCUGACAUGCAGGGAGAUGGGGAAGACAACCACAUGGACGGGGACAAGGGUCCUCGCAGGUGGGGAGUCAGUGUCCAUGUGGGGAAGGCCAAGGCCCCCGGGGUUGGAGGUGUCUUGGGGGAUGGCAGAGGAGUGGGGAGACCUCUGGGCAGAUGGACUCCACCUUCCCGAAGGGGCCGGAAGCCAGGCGGCGGCAGCCGGAAGAACGGUGGCAUGGGAAGCAAAGGCAAGGACAAGAAGCUGUCGGGGACAGACUCGGAGCAGGAGGAUGAGUCUGAGGAUACAGAUACUGAUGGGGAAGAGGAGACAUCACAGGCCCCAUCCCAGGCCAGCCAGCCCCCUGCCCACUUUCAGAGCCCCCCGACACCCUUCACGCCCUUCACCUCGACUCUGCCUCUGCCCCCAGCGCCCCAGGUCCCCGCAGCACCUGACGCAGAGGACGAAGAAGAUUAUGACUCCUAGCGCCCUCUGCCCCCCAGGCCACACCCCCUUUUAGCUGCUCUGGGGGGAAGAGGGUAGAGCUGUUCUUAAAUUUAUUAAAAAAAAAAAUAAAAGGGAAUUCCAGUAUC